AAACCAGAAGAGCCUCUCAUCAGAUCCACAGCUUCCUGAACAUUAGCAGUAUACUGCUCUUUUUUUAUUAUUUAUUACAAACAUAUUCAGUUACAAAACACAUCACUGGCUUCCGAGUCAGGCUGGAAAGACCCCACACUCAAGGAGCACAAAGCAAGCAUGGAGAGGAGCCCCCCUUAAACCAAGCCUUAGACGGUGUUGUGCUGAGUUGUCACGCUGUAGUAGGCUUGCCGGUGGAGGUGUCCGGUGAGGUUGGCCGUCUCUGAGGUGGCCUCUGUGGGUGUGGACACAAGCACAGCAUGGUCCAGCACUGCCCUGCCUGCCUCCCACUCCGCCCCACUGACUCUCCGCUCAGCUCCGUCGCCAUGGAGCACACAACACCACAGCCACCGGCCACCAGGAAACAGGGCCGGCUCCAGGAACGGAGGGGCUCCAACGUGUCCCUGAUGCUGGAUGUGAGCUCCCUGGGAAAUGUGGAGCCAAUCUGCUCCAUCUCCACACCACGCGAGAUCACCCUGCACUUCCUGCGCAACAGCAGCCACCUGCUGUCAGGGGAGAGGCUGCAGGACGCUGCCCGGGACACGCAGGCACUGGCUGCAGAGUUCUCGAAAAUCCCACCCAAUUUUGUGGACCAGGCAGAACUGGAUAUCCCUGGGCGUGCCUUAAAGGACCGAUACAAAACCAUCUUACCCAACCCCCAGACCCGAGUGGGUCUCCAGAAGAAGGGGCAUGACGGUGAUUCCUACAUCAACGCUAACUAUAUCCGGGAGUACAAAGGUACUGAGAAGAGGUUCAUUGCCACCCAGGGACCCAUGGUCAACACAGUCUCUGAUUUCUGGGAGAUGGUGUGGCAGGAGGAUUCCCCCAUUAUCAUCAUGAUAACCAAACUGCAGGAGAAGAAAGAGAAGUGCGUCCUCUACUGGCCAGAAGAGGAAGGGCAGUAUGGCAGGUUCAGAGUUUCUGUGAACAGAGUCACUGACUGUGAAGGGUACACUAUCCGAGAGCUCACUGUCAAGCUUGAAGAGAAAAUCCGCCAUGUGAAACAUUACUGGUACUCGUCCUGGCCGGACCACCAGACCCCCGCCUGCGCCACACCCCUGCUGCAGCUGAUCCAGGAGGUGGAGGAGAGCCGGAGGGGGCUGCAGAGUCAAGGACCGGUCAUCGUGCACUGCAGCGCUGGGAUCGGGCGGACAGGUUGCUUCAUCGCCACCAGUAUGGGCUGCCAGCAGCUGGAGAGCAGCAGUGAGGUGGACGUGCUGGGGAUCGUGUGCCAGCUCCGCAUCGACAGAGGUGGUAUGAUCCAGACCUGUGAGCAGUACCAGUUCCUCUAUCAGGCCCUGGCCCAGUAUAGCAGACAACUUCCACAGACCCCCCCGGACCCUGAGCAGUGAGGACCAGCCCCCGGAAUCAACAGCACAUGAAUGUUUUACACAAUUUAUAGAAUCUCUAUUUUUCCAUUGAAGAAGAUUUUAUCUCAUGUCUUUUAAUACAGUAAAUACGUGUGCCUGCCCCCUGGCCUUACAAACCUGUUCUUCAGCAUACUAUAAUUUAGGUUUGAUGUAUAUAAUGUGAGAUUCCAUAGGAGAUUUGCACAUUAUUUUCUACAGGAAUCUUAAAGAAUUCACAGCCUUUUAGCCAACGUGACGAGAAAGCACUGGAUAGUCUCACAGUGAUGCUGCCAGAGAGCUCCACAAAAAGCACCUGUGACGAAAAAACUUCAUAGAGAUCGGCAGAAAGAAAAGGGUUAAAUUGCUAUGGCAGCUAUUAAACACUCAAUUGUUCUGAAUUUAGAAACAUUAAAUUCAAUGACAAACGUUCAGAGAAGUCUUUCUCAGUGUCGUCAAUAGAAACGCCUCUUCAAAAGAAAAUGUCUUCUCAUUGAAAUGUUUUGUCAUUGAAGUUAUUACGUUUAUUUUUGUAUUUUUUUAAGCUUACUAAAGCUGCAGACAGAAAAAAGUCCUUUAUUAUUAUUUUAUUAUAAAAGUACAAUUGUUUAUGCCUUUUGUUCCUGUCAAAUAUAUUAAGACAAGCUUGAUGGGUGGUACACUGCCACCUUGCAACAAUAAGCGGUAUUACAUCACUGAGAAAUUGAGAAUUUGAAAAUUGUGGUCCUCCCGUUCCACUGCUAUCUUGAGCUCCUGUACUGUGUAUAAAUGUAGUGUGACACACCAGGACAUUCAAGACACAUACGUCAGCUAGGGCUUGAGCUGAGCUCUUCUCUCAGUCCCGAUUAAUACUUCAGCUUUUCUACUGCUUUUUCACUUUCUACUAGAAUUGUUAACAGCAGGCAGUCGCUAAAAUAUGAAACAGAGCUGUUAGCAACCGAUAGCAGAAUCAUCAGUGUGCACAUAGGUGUGUCCUGAUGAGGAACCUGUUGUUUUUAUAAACAUGACUUUCGCUACACUAGAUUUCUCUUUGAUGCUUUUAGGUAUGCUUUCUAGAAUUCAAGCAGAUGUUUUCUGAGGUAUUCUUGCUUUCUGCCUUUUUUUUCUAAGUGUCAUUGCAGAACAAUUAGAUUAAAUCAACUUGGAACUCUUCCUGCAUGUAGUUUGGGUUGAAUAAAGAACCACUGUGGAUUGUUGAAGCAUAGAUAGAACUAUUAGGUGUUCCAGGACCCUUAUUCUAGAACCCCUGGGGGUUAAACCCAUUGACAAUAAAGAACCCAAGCAAGGUUCUUUAUCAAACCCGAAGAACACGAUGGGGUCCAGAGAGAAAGUCCAAAAGAACCAUAGAGCUUUGAUACAGAAAGGAGAGAGAUAAGUGUCGGAGAGCUCACUGUGCACACAUAAGCCCAUAAGAGACACACCUGGCCAGGGUCAGGCUUCAUUUAGAAAGUCUUCACAUGGCUUUGUCCACUGAGGUCCUGGCAGCUGUGCCGAUGAGGGAUUCAUAAAACCAUGUGUGUGAUGUUUUGUAGUUUUAAUAAAAGCCCUUUUAUUUAA